AUGAAGUGGGAGGACACUUGUAUACAGUCUGGUGAAAACCCAAGCCGAGAUCUCACACUCUUUACUUAUUCACUGAGGAAGUUCAUUUCUGUCUGUCUGACAAAGCUCUGAAACGGAAAGGUGACGAGGCGUGUCUGAAACACAACCUCUUAAAAUAAUCUGAAUCCAGGUGAAAGAAAAAUGAGCACUGCAAAGGUACCCUGCGAGAACAACAAUAUGCUUUCCAAGAAGGCAGAAAAAGGCGACCACAUUGCGACCCUGCACACGGACGGCAUCCCUGAAGACACGCUCAUUAAGGUGCGGGAGUACCUGGAUUGUUUCCACCUCUCCCUGCAUAAGCUGCAGGAGGUCUCGGCCCGUCUCCAGAGGGAUCUGGUUCGAGGUUUGGGGAAACACAGCCACCACAGAGCGUCGGUCAAGAUGCUGCCCAGCUUCGUCAGGGCGACGCCCGACGGGACCGAGAAAGGCGACUUCCUGGCGUUGGAUCUCGGAGGAACAAACUUCCGGGUGCUUCACGUCCGCGUGGUGGAAGAGGAGCAGAAAGUCCUGAAGAUGGACAGUCAGAUCUGUGCCAUUCCCAAGGAAAUGAUGGUGGGAACUGGAGAACAGUUGUUCGACCACAUCGCCGCCUGUCUCGGGGAUUUCCUCAUCUCCCAUAAUCUGAAAGGACAAACUCUUCCUCUGGGCUUCACUUUCUCCUUCCCCUGCGAACAGAGAGAAAUUGACAAGAGCAUCCUGAUCCGCUGGACCAAAGGCUUUAACUGCAGCGGGGUGGAGGGCAAAGAAGUGGUGCAGUUACUGAGAGAGGCCAUUGAAAGGAGAGGGGACUAUCAUAUUGGCUCAGUUGCCAUGGUGAACGACACAGUAGGCACGAUGAUGAGCUGCGGCUACAGAGACCGGAGCUGUGAGAUCGGCAUGAUUAUCGGUACGGGAACCAACGCCUGCUACAUGGAGGAGAUGAAGAACGUGAAGCGGGUGGAGGGUGAGGCCGGGCGGAUGUGCAUCAACACAGAAUGGGGCGGCUUCGGAGACAACGGCUCGCUGAAGGACAUCCUGACUAAGUUUGAUGUGAAGGUGGACAAGAUGUCUAUCAACCCCGGUGUCCACACCUUUGAGAAGAUGAUCAGCGGCAUGUAUUUGGGAGAAAUUGUGCGGCUGCUGCUGGUCCAACUGACGGAGGAGAAGCUACUGUUUAACGGACAGACAUCGGAGGUGCUGCUGACCCCGGAAUCAUUCGAGACCAAGUUCAUCUCUGAGAUUGAGGAGGAGAAACACGGUCUGGAAAACACGCAGAAGAUCUUGACCAAACUGGGAUUGAAAUGGGAUUUGGUCGACUCCUGCGUGGUGCGUCUAGUCUGUGACGCCGUCUCCUCGCGCUCUGCCCGUCUCUGUGCUGCUGCCCUGGCAACCCUCGUCAACCGUAUCCGGAAAAAACGUGGGCUUGACCAUCUGAAGACCACGGUGGGGGUGGACGGGACGGUCUACAGGAAACACCCCAAUUUCAGCAAGGAGCUCCAGGAGACGGUGCACCUUCUCAGCCCUGAGUGUGACAUCUCCUUCCUGAUCUCAGAGGACGGCAGUGGGAAAGGCUCUGCCAUGGUAACAGCAGUGGCUCAACGGCUGGCUCUCCAGUCCCGCCUCUUAGAGGACAGUGACGGUGAUGAUGAGGAAGAGGAGGAGGAUAAUUAAAGAGUCUGGAUGCACUACUGUACAACAGCUCUUUAUACGUGUUAAAACCUGCAGGGUUCUCAUGCAGCUAACUUUGUUAUUAUUGUUAUAAGAAAGAUUUGUCUUUCACAACACCAACAGUCUCUUUUCAGUCACUGAUGCCCCUUCCACAGCAGAGAUUAAAGGGUAACUGUUUGUGUUACACUGCAUGUUAAAUGACUUUUUCUUUUUUGGUUUGUUGCAACUUGAGUUAUCCUCAAAACAAAUUUGGUGCUUACAGUAUCAGAAAGUCAGACCGAGGAAGAGGAGGGGUCAUGCAGACUUUUAUUACUUGAAUCUGCUAACCAUGCAUACCUUUUGUUCUUUUUAAAUUAUUUCCCUUUAAGUGGUCAAAAUGUUGCUGCUGUUUUUGUUUCAAAUGGGAAAUAAAGACCUUUUUCACAA